ACGUGCUUUUGUGAAUUAGUUCUUAGCGUUAAUCGAAUCGAGAAAAUAAUAUAUAAAAAAAAUGGACGUGGAAGAGUUCAGGACACACGGCAAGGAAAUGGUGGACUACAUCUGCUCCUACAUGUCGAACCUUAACAGUUACCGCGUCACUCCGGACGUUCAGCCGGGCUAUCUGAAGAAACUGAUACCGACGGAAGCGCCUCAAGAACCGGAGGCCUGGGACGACAUAAUGGACGACGUGAACAAGAAGAUCAUGCCCGGCAUCACGCACUGGCAACAUCCACGUUUCCACGCUUAUUUUCCCAGUGGAAACUCCUAUCCGUCCAUUCUUGCCGACAUGCUCUCAGAUGCCAUCGGAUGCAUCGGUUUCUCAUGGGCCGCAAGUCCCGCAUGCACAGAAUUGGAAACCAUCGUAAUGGAUUGGCUGGGUAAAGCUAUCGGCCUGCCCAACGACUUCAUCACAUCCGCCAACGGCAGCACCGGAGGCGGCGUCAUCCAAACAUCGGCCAGCGAGUGCGUGCUGGUGAGCAUGCUGGCCGCCCGCAACCAAGCCAUCCAACACCUCAAAACCAACAGCCCCGAAGUGGAGGACAGCGCCUUCCUGCCCAAACUCGUCGGCUAUUGUUCGCAGGAGGCGCAUUCGUGCGUCGAAAAGGCGGCCAAGAUCCUCCUGGUGAAGAUACGAAUACUCGAGCCGGACGAGAACGGCGGCCUGGACGGGGACGCGUUGAAGGACGCGAUGGAAAAGGACAAGGAGAACGGCCUGAUACCGUUCUUCGUGUCGACGAUCCUGGGCUCGACGUCCAGUUGUUCGUUCGACAAUUUGCAGGAGAUCGGGCCGAUUUGCAAGGCCGAGCCGUGCGUGUGGUUGCACGUGGACGCGGCGUACGCCGGCAACGCGUUCAUAUGUCCGGAGCUGAAGCAGUACCUGGCCGGCAUCGAGUACGCGGACUCCUUCAACACGAAUCCCAACAAGUGGUUGUUGGUGAACUUUGACUGUUCGUGCCUGUGGGUUAGGUGCAGGAUGCGGCUGACCUCCGCCCUGGUCGUCGAUCCUCUGUACCUCCAACACGCCAACUCGGACGAAGCCAUCGAUUACCGUCACUGGGGCAUCCCGUUGAGCAGGAGGUUCAGGGCUUUGAAACUGUGGUUCGUCAUCAGGAAGUACGGAUUGUCGGGGCUCAGGGAGUACAUAAGGAACCACAUCAAGUUGGCCAAGCACUUCGCCACUUUGGUGGAGAAGGAUCACAGGUUCGAAGUGGUGAACAACGUCAGGUUAGGGUUGGUGUGCUUCAGACUCAAGGGGCCGGACACCUUCAACCAGAACCUGCUGGCUGUGAUCAACGCUUCGGGCAAACUCCACAUGAUUCCCUCGAUGGUUAAAGGCAAAUACAUAAUAAGGUUUUGUGUGACGGCGGAGAACGCGACCCAAGAUGACGUGGAAUACGCGUGGAAGGUCAUAACUGAACACGCCAACGAGCUGUUGACGGUCAAAAAAAUUGGAAGGGGUAUUCGCCCUCCACUUACCAGACAAGAAUCCAAACGGCUAUCCUUCACCAGAAGCAUAUCGAAAGAAAUGUAUAAGAGAUCCAAGAGCAAAACCAACCUCCACGAUGGAGCUACACCAAUCCUGGUCGCCGACAGUGAUGAAGAAGAAGUUGCUGCAAGGAAUUCAGAUGAUAUUCUCGACGCCAUAACAAGUUCCGGCAGCGAAACUGAUUGUAAAGAACCUAAAGAGACGGAGUGUAGCAAAGAACCUGAAUGUGAGGGCGAGGAUAUGUUUGCCAAGGAGAUCACGGAGAUGAGGAACAAGAGUAAUAAAGAAAUAAAGUGUAACGGGGUGUAAGACUGAUUGGGGGAUACUAAUUGUGAUGUACAUUUCUUGUAAAUAUUCCAUGUCGUUCCUUUUUUAACCACAUUUUCAGUAUUAUUAGUGUUAAGGUCUCGCAUUUAGCAUUAUAUCUAUUGUUAUUGUACUUAAUUUUUAAAACCGAUACUCUUCUAUUAAGGCUUAUAUGCCUUGUUAAUAAAUAUAAUGUUUUUACAU